AUGGUGAUGUUAGCUAGGCUGGGGUUAGCUGAGUGUACUGGUACUAUAAAGAAGAAAGAUGGUUCCAUGAGGUUCUGCAUUGACUAUAGGAAAUUGAACAAGGUUUUCAUCAAGAAUAUGUAUCCACUGCCCCGCAUUGAUAACGUAUUUGAUAAACUUCAAGGCCACGUGGUGUCUAGUGAUAGGAUUACGGUGGAUGCAAAAAAGAUUGGGGCAGUUCAUAGUUGGCCCAGACCCUCUACCGUUAUGGAGAUUAGAAGUUUCUUACGUUUAGCUAGUUAUUACUAUCAGUUUGUGGAAGGGAUUUCAUCUAUAGCAGCCCCAUUAACUAGAUUGACUCAGAAGGGUGACUUAUUCAGAUGGUCGAACGAGUGUGAGGAGAGCUUUUAG